CAAAGAUGUCCAGGAAGCUAAGUUUGCCAACUGAGUUAAAGCCUGAUUUAGAUGUCAAAGACAACUCUUUCAGUCGAUCCCGGAGCUCUAGUGUAACUAGCAUUGAUAAAGAGUCACGUGAGGCCAUUUCAGCUCUUCAUUUUUGUGAGACUUUCACAAGAAAGGCUGAUACAUCACUUUCCCCAUGCCUGUGGGUUGGGACCACACUGGGUACAGUGCUCGUCAUUGUACUGAACUUACCCCCAGGAGGAGAACAAAGACUUCUUCAACCAGUCAUUGUUUCUCCUAGUGGAACUAUUCUAAGGCUGAAAGGGGCAAUCUUGAGAAUGGCUUUUCUGGAUACCACAGGCUCUUUGGUCCCACCAGCACAUGAACCCUGGAGAGAACACAAUGUUCCUGAAGAUAAAGAUGAAAAAGAUAAAUCAAAAAAACGACGACCUGUCUCAGUAUCCCCCUCUUCCUCUCAGGAAAUCAGUGAAAACCAAUAUGCAGUGAUAUGUUCGGAAAAACAAGCAAAAGUUAUCUCACUGCCAUCCCAGAACUGUAUUUAUAAGCAAAACAUAACAGAGACUUCUUUUGUUCUUCGUGGAGAUAUAGUGUCAUUGAGUAACAGUAUCUGCCUUGCAUGUUUCUGUGCCAACGGACAUAUUAUGACUUUUAGUUUGCCAAGUCUAAGGCCGUUGUUGGAUGUGUAUUACCUGCCACUCACCAAUAUGCGAAUAGCCAGAACAUUCUGCUUCACCAAUAAUGGACAAGCACUCUACCUUGUCUCACCAACUGAAAUACAGAGGCUCACCUACAGUCAAGAAACAUGUGAAAAUCUUCAGGAAAUGUUGGGUGAGCUCUUCACUCCUGUAGAAACACCAGAAGCACCGAACAGGGGGUUCUUUAAAGGCCUGUUUGGAGGUGGGGCACAGUCACUUGACAGAGAAGAACUCUUUGGAGAAUCAGCAUCUGGGAAGGCAUCAAGAAGUCUUGCCCAGCAUAUUCCAGGGCCUGGGGGGAUUGAAGGUGUCAAAGGAGCAGCAUCUGGUGUAGUUGGUGAACUAGCACGAGCCCGGUUGGCACUAGAUGAAAGAGGACAGAAACUAGGAGAACUGGAAGAAAAAACUGCAGCUAUGCUUUACAGUGCCGAUUCUUUCUCUAAACAUGCUCAUGAGAUGAUGUUGAAGUACAAAGACAAGAAGUGGUACCAAUUCUGAUGAUGGUCAUUAAUUACAUGUGUUUAAUUUUGUCCUGAUGAAAAAAUCUUUUUUCAUUAAUUUUGGCAGGACCGUGGAAAUUUAGAGGAGUAUUCACCAUUGGAUACUGUUGUUUCCUAGCACAAAUCACAGUUUUACCUCAGUCAUGGCUGUAACUGAGGAGCUUUAUCCUUAAAAGAAACACACACAAGAAAAAAAGCUUGAGUGUUUCUUAGCUGUUGGUUAGCUGAGAGUUGGAACAGAGAAGGUAACUAGAACAUAUG